AUGGUUUUAGCGGAGGUUCCAGAGGAGGUGAUGAUGAGUGAAAUUCUAACAAGGCUUCCGGUGAGGUCUGUUUUACGAUUCAGAUGCGUUUGCAAGCAGUGGUGCUCUUCAAUGGCCACUCCUCAAUUCAUCAGAGAACACCUGAGGAAGUCAAAGUCAUCGUCAAGUAGUAACAAUAGAAGAAUCAUGAUUGCUGGUUACGAUAAUAGCGGUUUCGUGUUCAAAUCAAUGUCGGUUUAUUCGAAACCACCAUUCAGCGGCUGCUUAGUCGCCUACAAUAAUUAUCCUUGGAGCAAUCGGAACCCCGCCAGGAUUCAAGGUAGUUGUGAUGGAUUAUUCUGUUUGACUACCAGAAGGGUACCAGGCAUCCACAUUUGGAACCCUUCAACAAGAGAGCACAAGACUUUGCCCUCUUUUAUGAAAAAAGGAUGGUGUGGUUUUGGGUUUGGUUAUGAUCACUCUAUUCAUGCCUUCAAGGUGUUUGCGAUGAGGUCAUGUGGUGUUGAACAAAUCCAAGUUCAUGUUUAUACAUUGGAAACCACCACUACUACUACUACUACUACUAGCCGCUCCGGGUCUUUGUUAUCCGACGACUCCUGCUCCGAGGACUUGUACCAGAUCCCGUCCGACUCUGACUCGGACGACCCCGGCCCUUUCUAUUACUCCGAGUACGAGUACCUGUACGAAUCCGAAUCCGAAUCAGAAACCGAAUCCGAGUUCGAAUCCGUGUUUUGGAGAAGAAUUCAGGAUUUCCCUUAUCACCCCCCUCCUUGUUCACCUGGCAAGUUAGUUAAUGGAGCUCUCCAUUGGCCAGUUUAUUUUGGCCCCCCGGCUUCUGCUUCUUCUUCUUCUUCUUCUUCUUUUCUUUCACCUGGCGAUUUGAGAAUUGCUUCUAUUGAUGUGACAAAGGAGACUUAUGGUGAAAUUCCAAUGCCUUAUCAGUUACAAGAAGAUAGACAUAGUGGUUAUCUUUACACUGGCUUCGAGGUUUUAAGAGGAUGUAUUUGUUUGAUUUUUAAUCAACUUAAAAUUGGAUGUGAUGUGUGGGCGAUGACGGAAUACGGAGUCAGAGAUUCGUGGACAAAAUUGGUGACAAUUCCACAUCUGCCAUCCACGUUUAUCUUCCAACCUUUACUGUCUUUGGAUGAUAGUAAUGGUGAAAUCAUCUUCUUGGAAAACAACUCUCAAACGGGUGCGUACAAUUCAAGUGAAAAUAUAUUCCCUGCUCUUGACAUUGUUGACGAUACUAGUCUUGGUCAAGUCUAUUCCUAUUUUGAGACCCUAAUCUCGCCCAAUGCCGCAUGA